CGACUCGAGUGGCAGACGUAUGUUACGUUAACAGUGGACUAGUGUUGUGCUCACGCGAGUUAGACAUCAUAAAUAAUGAUAUUUGUGACAUUUCGUGUUCUAUAGUGAUAUAUUGUGAUAGUUAUUUUUUGUUGUGUUUAUAUUUUUUAAAGACUUGACUUGGUGUGCGCGUGAGUUGCGGUCCCGAGUGUCGCCCGACCUCUCCCGACGUUUGCCGAUCGCCCCCGAACCCUUUUCGGAAAAUGAAGGGAUGGGAAUUAUUUUUCUUAGCCCUACUGGGCUUCGCUUUGGGACAAGGACCGGAGAAACGUCGGACGGGCAAUGUAUGCAGCGUGGACAUGGACUGCCCAGACAACGCGUUCUGUCGUCUCAACAGCUACUGUGUCUGUAAAGAUGGAUUCGUGUACGCAGCCGUCAAUAGCACGCAUAAAGGGUGUUUGAAAGAGGCUCGUAUUGGCGAGGAAUGCGUGCAACACAUCCAGUGUCACUCCACUACAGGCAUCCACUCGGAUUGCACCAACGGUGUCUGCGCUUGUGCACCUAACGCGCACUUCGAAGACGACAGAUGUUAUGAGACUGCUGUUAUCGGCGACCGUUGCGUGGUGGACCAGAACUGCUACUUAGGAGACCAGAGCACCGAGCGCCAAGCGUUCUGCGUGCGAGGAUACUGCACGUGUCAGCUACAGUUCAGCCCAAGGGACAAUGGCACGAGAUGUGUACGCGACGCAACGCUGGGCGAGGAGUGCGAGGAUCAGAUGCAGUGCGCCGGCGCAGGUCUGGAGUGCCGGGGCACAUGUCGAUGCAGAGACAACUGGGUGGCUCAUAAUGGCUCCAACUCCUGUGUUGAAUCCGUAAAAGCUUUAAACGAGUCGUGUGAGUACGAUGUACAGUGUGACGGUCUGGCCGGACUGCCGGAAGCACGGUCGCCGGGCGCGGCGCUGUGUCUGGGCGGGACGUGCGCGUGCGCAUACAACGCGCGAGCCGCCGGCACUCCGGCACGGUGCUGGCAUCGACGCCGGCCCGGACAGGAGUGUAAGAGGGAUGAGGAAUGCGUAUCAGAAGAGAACGAGCCAGGAUACUGCCUCUCCGGUCGCUGCACGUGCAAGAACUGUUCCCCAGACGCCAAAGACUUCGGUGGCGCCGCCACAUUCUCCCGCCCGCCAUUAAUCCUGUCCGCCAUCUUGACAAUUGCCGCCAUUUUGAGAUACCAGCUGUAAACAAAACUUAAUUUUGUUAAUUUAUUAUCGUUUUAUGUUUAAGAGAAAAUGAUAUUAAUUGGCUUGAUGGAAAUAAUUUUUAAACAGUUGUGGGACACGGAAUGAAAGUCCUUCCAGUAUAAAGAGUAAUUGUCAAUUAAUGUACAUUAUAAUUUAUUGUUGUAAGCAGUCAUUUUGUUAAAAAAAAUGCUUAAAUAUCGAAAAUCAAGAAAAGGAACUUCAAAAGUAAAAUCGAACAAAAUAUUCUUUAUGGCCCUAAUAAUAAGGCCUACUAUUCCAAAAUUUCAAGAAAAAAUAAUAUAUCGCACAAUUUUAGUUGAUAGUAAUGUUGUUAAUUGUUUGUAGUCUAUUCAAAUUCUAUGUAAGUUGUAAAUAAUUGUUGUUGUUUUAAUUAAAAAAACAUGUUGUUUAUAAGAGUAGUAUAAAAAUCACGAGAAACAGUAUUUUGCGAGUGCAAUUUUAUAUAUUUUCGUUUUAAUUAUGAAUGGGUAGCGAUUAUGCCAAAGAAGUGUACACAAAUAUUGAAUGUGUAAAUAAAUAUUAUUUAUUUUAAAA